AUGGAAGUAGAGGUCAAGCUCCGCCUCCCUGACUCCGCCACUCACCAGAAGCUCUCUGACCUCCUCAAACCCUUCCACAGCACCACCCACCUCCAAGAAAAUGUCUUCUUCGACGGCGGUGGCGCCGAGCUCUCCUCCAAGCUCGCUGUCCUUCGCGUCCGCUUCUACAAUAGUGACUCUCGUUGCGUAGUCUGUCUCAAAGCCAAAGCCGUUCUUGUCUGCGGCGUCAGCCGCGUUGAAGAGGAUGAGGAGGAUAUCGAUCCCGCCAUUGGCCGUGCUUGUGUAGCCGAGCCCUGUCGGCUUGGUUCCGUUGAUUCUUCGAGGAUCUUGAGGAGGGUUAGGGAGGAAUUCCGAGUUGCUGAUAACAGUUUCGUCUGUUUGGGUGGGUUCGGGAAUGUGCGAUCGGUCUAUGAUUGGAAAGGGUUGAAGUUGGAAUUGGAUGAGACUCAGUAUGCUUUUGGAACGUAUUAUGAGAUUGAAUGCGAGAGCGCUGAUCCUGAAAGUGUCAAGAAGUUGCUUGAAGGGUUCUUGUCGGACAAUGGGAUAACUUAUUCCUACUCGGAGGUCUUCAAGUUUACAAUUUUCCGGUCGGGGAAGCUGCCAUAGUGAGUAUACAA